GUUGAGUGAUUUGUCCCGUUUGGCCUUCGCCAUGGCGGACUGCUUUUUCUCGCAGGGUGGGGAGGAAGAGAUGCCCUUGGAAGAGCCACUGGAGGAUCUACUUGUGAUGGAUGAAAAGGUGGAGCUGCUGGAAGAUGUUGCCAUGUGGGUGAACGAAGCGCGGCAGCUUCCGGAAAUGAAACAAGUCUACGAUGAACCCUGUGCUCUCUCUGGCUUGGAUGGCAAACUGGACGAGAUCUCCUUAAAGAUCGAUGCCUUGGCAGAAGUCGUUCGAGGACGGCUUCCGACGAACUUCCACUUCUUGAAUGAGGCUGCGAAGAACUCUCCAACUUCGCCUGAAGGGGUAUACGAAACGCCGGAGCCGCUGACUAGCCCGCCCAGCGCGGCGGAGGUCACCAGAAUGGGAGGCGUGGCGCGUCGCCGACAGAUGGACGUCCGCCGGCUGGACUUGCAAGUGGCUUGGCACAACCACGCCAAGGAAGCGCUGCUGUCACUUCCCAGCGAGGAACUGCUGGAGGAGGCCAAGCCCUUCCUGAAGUUGGUUCGCCACAACCGCUGCGACGCCUUGUGGGAGCUGCUGGACGAUCCAUCCUCCAGCAGGUGGGCCUGGGCCACCUCCGGGCUGCUGAAGCUGAUGGUGGUGGUGAGCGUCAUCAUCUCUUUGUUGCAGUCUGCGGAGGAGGUCGGUGUACUUCCUUGGACCUUGGCGCUGGAAAUCGGUUUCGACGCCAUUUUUCUGCUGGAAUUCCUUUGCCGCAUCGUGUCGGCACCUUCGAAGAACAGAUACUUUAUAGAUCCACUGAACUGGGCGGAUGUGCUCAGCGCCUUUGGACUGCCCGUGCGGGUCUUCCUUGUCUUUAACGGUGGCUCACUCACCCGAGCCUAUGAGGUCAGCAUGAUGCUCUUCCUGCCAAUCAUCCGUUUUUUGAAGCUCCUGCGCUACUUCGAGUCUUUCAGGCUUCUGAUCGAUGCGGGCAAGAACUCCAUGGAGGCUUUGCCAUUGCUUUCUUACUUCAUGGCAAUCAUCACGCUUGUGGCGGCGACGGCAUUCUACUUGGCAGAGGACGAGACGAACAUUCCAACCUUACAUCAUGCCAUGUGGCUUGCCAUCGUGACCAUGACCACGGUGGGCUACGGGGACUUCUAUCCCCGAUCUUUGGGCGGCUACAUCUCAGCCUCUGCUCUCACCUUCGUCAGCGUUUUGUUCCUGGCCUUGCCGGUGGGCAUCAUUGGCCACGAGUUCACCUCCUGCUGGCAGAUGCGGAAGCAGGUCUUGCUGAAGAACCGUAUCCGCAAGUGCCUGCUGAAGUGGGGCUACAACGCCGAGGACUUGCGAGUGCUGAUCGAAUAUGUGGAUGCAGACAAAGACGGGAACUUGACUCUUGGCGAAUUCAUCGAGCUCAUCCGGCAGAUGAGGAUUGGCAUCCCAGCCGAAGGAGCUAUUGAUUUGUUUAUGCUCUUUGACCACGACCUGAAUGGCCACAUUGAUUACUCCGAGUUUUUGCGACAAAUUUUCCCGGAGGAGUAUGUCAAGGAGAAGCAAAUGCAGGAGCGGGAGUCCAUGCGCAAGACGGGCUACCGCGUGAGCUGUGCCCUAAUCGCACUGGGCGACAAAGAAAGGAGCAUGACGCUGAGCAGGACCAGCCUGGGGACUGAGGCAGAUGAGGCGGAGAACGGAAGCAGCUGAGAUGGAUGAAUCCAUUAGCUCAGCCGCGCAGUCGAACCUUUCCACUAGCGGGUUCCUCAAAGGACACAUGGC